CGGUUUCCGGUCCGUGGUGUCUCACCGGCUGCCCGGAGACGUGUAACGGACGGUAGGCCGCCGCCAUGGCCGAAAGAAAACCUAAUGGUGGCAGCGGUGGCGCCUCCGCCUCCUCGUCGGGCACGAACUUACUUUUCUCCUCCUCGGCCACGGAGUUCAGUUUCAACGUGCCCUUCAUCCCGGUCACCCAAGCUGCCGCUGCCUCGGCCUCCCUGCUUUUGCCCGGAGAGGAUUCCACAGAUGUUGGUGAGGAGGACAGCUUCCUUGGUCAGACUUCGAUUCACACGUCUACCCCACAGACAUUUAGUUACUUCUCUCAGGUAUCAAGCAGUAGUGAUCCUUUUGGCAAUAUUGGACAGUCACCGUUAACAACUGCAGCAACAUCAGUUGGACAGUCAACAUUCUCCAAGCCCCCGACUGCACACCCUUUUAUACCUGGAUCCCAAGAUGUGUCAAAUGCGUUUUCACCAUCCAUUUUGAAGGCUCAACAUGGUGCUCUACCUUCCUCACCAAUGGGAGUAAAUACUUAUCUGCCUUCUCAACCGAGUAGUCUCCCUCAUUCGAAUUUUGGGAGCCCACCCCAAGGAACCCCCCAACCAGGACACAAUCCGUAUCGCCAUACCCCUGUCAGCAGCAGGGCUAAUCCUUACAUUGCACCACCCCAGCUGCAGCAGUGCCAAACACCAGGCCACCCCACCCAUCCUCCACCCUCUGGACCCUCUGUUCAGAUGUACCAGAUGCCUCCGGGAUCUUUGCCACCGAUUCCUCCUUCAGUGCAGUCACCAACACAGCAGCAGGUACUUGCUAGACCUGGGGGUCCCUCUGUGCAUGUGCCACCUCCUUUUCUCCUUCAAAACCAAUAUGAACCUAUUCAGCCUCACUGGUUUUACUGUAAGGAGGUAGAAUACAAACAACUGUGGCUGCCUUUCAGUGUGUUUGACUCUUUGAAUCUUGAAGAAAUCUAUAAUUCAGUGCAGCCAGACCCUGAGAAUGUGGUCUUAGGGACGGAUGGAGGGCGCUACGACGUGUACCUCUAUGACCGUAUGAGGAAAGCUGUAUACUGGGAAGAGGAGCCGGCUGAAGUGAGACGCUGUACGUGGUUUUACAAGGGGGACACAGAUAGCAGAUUUAUUCCCUAUACAGAGGAGUUCAGUGAAAAACUAGAGGCCGAAUAUAAAAAAGCUGUUACUACGAAUCAGUGGCACCGAAGAUUAGAGUUUCCAAGUGGAGAGACAAUUGUUAUGCACAAUCCAAAGGUUAUUGUUCAGUUCCAGCCUUCCUCAGUGCCAGAUGAAUGGGGGACCACACAAGAUGGACAGACAAGGCCUCGAGUUGUAAAGCGUGGGAUUGAUGAUAACCUUGAUGAAAUUCCUAACGGGGAAAUGCCUCAGGUUGACCAUUUGGUGUUCAUGGUGCAUGGAAUUGGACCUGUGUGUGACUUGCGCUUUAGAAGCAUUAUCGAAUGUGUGGAUGAUUUUAGAGUGGUGUCUCUCAAAUUGCUGCAGACACAUUUCAAGAAAUCUCUAGAUGAUGGGAAAAUAAGCAGAGUGGAGUUCCUUCCGGUUCAUUGGCACAGUUCCUUGGGUGGCGAUGCCACAGGUGUUGACAGGAAUAUCAAAAAAAUCACCUUAUCCAGUAUUGGUCGGUUUCGUCACUUUACCAAUGAAACAUUGCUAGAUAUUUUAUUUUAUAAUAGCCCUACCUACUGUCAGACAAUUGUGGAAAAAGUAGGACUGGAGAUAAACCGUCUGUAUGCACUCUUUAUGAGUCGGAACCCAGACUUCAAAGGAGGAGUCUCCGUUGCUGGUCACAGUUUAGGUUCUUUAAUACUGUUUGACAUCCUGUCUAAUCAAAAAGAUUUGAAUUUAUCAAAGUCUCCUGGGCCUCUUGCUGUUGCUAAUGGAGUUGUGAAGCAACCAUAUUUUCAGGAAAAGCAGAUACCUGAAGAGCCGAAGCUGACUUUGGAUGAGACAUGUGAUCUUGAUGUUGAAAAUGAAGUCCUAUCUUUGCAAGAAACUCUGGAAGCACUUAACCUUGCUGAAUAUGUUAGCACUUUUGAAAAGGAAAAGAUUGAUAUGGAAUCUCUGCUUAUGUGUACAGUGGAUGACCUGAAGGAAAUGGGGAUACCCCUUGGACCCAGAAAGAAGAUAGCUAACUUUGUAGAACAUAAAGCAGCCAAACUGGAACAGAAAAAAGCAGCAUCAGAAAAGAAGACAGUGAUGGCCGCUUCUACAAAAGAGGAAAGUGCUCAGAAAACUAAAGAAAUGGCUUCUCUACCCUCAGAAUCUAAUGAAUCACAGAGGAAACUUCCAGUUGGUGCUUAUGUUUCUUCUGUGCGUGUUGAUUAUGAUUCUUUCAAAGUUGGCACAGGACAGGUUUCUGUUGUUUACAAAUCAUUAGACUUUGAACCAGAGAUUUUCUUUGCCUUGGGAUCUCCAAUUGGUAUGUUUCUCACCAUUCGAGGAGUUGAUAGGAUAGAUGAGAAUUACAGGCUUCCUACCUGUAAAGGAUUCUUCAAUAUUUACCAUCCACUUGAUCCGGUGGCAUAUAGAUUAGAACCUAUGAUUGUUCCAGAUUUGGACCUAAAAGCGGUUCUCAUUCCACAUCACAAAGGCAGAAAACGACUUCAUUUAGAGUUGAAAGAAAGUCUCUCUCGUAUGGGAUCUGAUUUGAAGCAGGGUUUUAUUAGCUCUCUGAAAAGUGCUUGGCAGACAUUAAACGAGUUUGCCCGUGCUCAUACCUCUUCAACUCAGUUGCAAGAAGAAUUGGAGAAGGUGGCCAAUCAAAUCAAAGAAGAGGAAGAAAAGCAAGUAGUUGAAGCAGAAAAGAUUGUUGAAAGUCCAGAUUUUUCCAAGGAUGAGGACUACUUAGGAAAGGUUGGAAUGUUAAAUGGAGGCCGCCGAAUUGACUACGUUCUUCAAGAAAAGCCAAUAGAGAGUUUUAAUGAGUAUCUUUUCGCUCUUCAGAGUCACUUAUGCUAUUGGGAAUCUGAAGAUACUGCCCUGUUAUUACUUAAAGAAAUUUAUCGAACAAUGAACAUUAGUCCAGAACAGCCCCAGCAUUGAUCAGACUUCAAUUUUACUAUAUUCCCAGGAAUAUCAGCUAGGAAUUCCUUUGGCCCUAGGUGACGGAACCCAAUUCACAAUACUUUAAACAAAUAGAGGUUUGUUUUUCUUCUGUAACAGGAAGAGUUUUUCUGUUGAAUGAUACCAGCAAACACCCAGACUGCUUGCAUCUUUCCACUUGAAUGUUGGCUAUUACUGCCUUAUGGUUAUAAGAUUCUGUCAUAGUUCCCGAUAUGAUGUUCACAUUCACAACAUGAAUAAGGCAGGGAGAGGGUAAGAUUGGUCAUAUCUAUCCCUUUUAAUUAGCAAAGCAGAAGCAUUUCUAAAAAUUCAUUCAUAUGUAUUGACUAGGCCUGUGUCCCAUGUCACAUGUCAGCCUUUCACCCUAGUCUGUGUGUAUGGAAGGUUACAAAAGUGAUGUUUUAAGCAUUCCCAAUCUUUCUAGAGGUACGGAAUAGAGAAAGGGUUAAAUCUGUGCUGGAUGAGCCAACCUGUAAGUCUGCCAGGCUCUAUAUUCCUAAGUGUCCUCCUGAGACACCAGAUACUUAUUUUUCUUUACUAGAUUAUGCAUCACUUUAAAAAAUAGGUAAUGUGUUCUUUAAAAAGUUAGAAAUUGUAAAGCCAUUGAAAGGGUGAAAUAUAAUAUCUUGAGCUGUAAAUUACUGAAAUCAAAGGUAGUUCCUAGCGUUUUUGGUUUUCUAAUGGUAAAUGAUAAAUGAAGAUUCCUUCAGCCUCCACCUUCUCAUUUUAGAGAGAUAACCAAUUUCAGUAGAGUUUCCUUAAAAGAAAUUUUUCUUUGCAUGUCCAAGCAAAUAUGCAUGCAUUUUAAAAUCCUUUAAAACAAAGAUAUUUCAUUCAUUGUAUUGUUUUGCAACUUGAUGUUUUCAGUAAGGCAGAUGGCUUGCACAGCGUUCCAUAUUACUACAUGUAGGUCUUUUGCAUUCGCUUUAAUGGUUGUAUACGAUUCACUGUAUGGCUACAUCCCAUCUUAUUUAGCUAGUUUCUGUUAAUGACAUUGAGGUCAUCUUUAGUGUUUUUUAUGCUGUAUUUAGGGAGUCUUAGUUAACAGAGGAAGUGAAAGCUCUAAGAAACCAUUUCUUAAUCAUACUGUAUAUUAUUUUAUCAGUUAUCACCAUUUCUGAUACUAUAAUGUUAAAAUAAACUGAGUAUGAUGUCAAAAUUUAUAUGUCAAAAUUUAUUUCAAUUAUAAAAUAGUCAUUCAGUUGGUUGACAAAUAUUUAUUCAAUACCUGCUAUGUGUCAGGCACCAGUUUUCAUGCUAGGGGUAAGCAGUAAAUAAGAUUUCGUUCUCACCCUCAAGGAACUUUCAUUCUACUGGGAUGACAUUGAUAGUAAACUUGUAGUCUAAUACAUAAGUAAAUUUCAAAUAUGGAUAGCGUCUGUGGAGAAGAUGAAAUGGGAACAUGUGGGAACGACUGGGGUUGCUUCCAGGAAAGGUCUUGCUGAGUUGAUGCCAUUUGAGUUGAAAUUUGAGUGGUGAGAAGGAGGUGGCACGGGGAAGGAACACUCCCGGCAGAAGGGAGAGCAGCUGCAGGGGUGCUGAGAUGGGAACAGACGUGUGGUGCCUGAGGGACAGGAUGCAGACCAGGAUGGCUGGAGGGUAAUAAAUGAAGGGGAGAGUGGAGUGAGAUGAGUCAGGGGUAGGUGCACCUCAUGGGGAGGAGGGGUCUGGCCUGAGUGUAGUGAUGAUGUUGGAGGCUUUUAAGAAGAGUGAUGUGAUUUGGUUUGUACUUUAGAAAGAUGCUCUGGGUUCUGGGUGGAGGAUACACUGUUAGUGGGGCAAAGAUAGAGGCAGGGCCUACAGUUAAGAGGCUAGUGACGACUCUGGCUAGGGCUCUGGUGGUAGGGGUGGUGAGAGGUGAUGGAAUGCAGGUCUGUUUUGGAGGUAGAGUUUUUUAUGACUUGUUGAUGAAGUCAUUGAGGGGUGUGAGAGAAAGAAGAGUUAAAUAUGACUCUUAGGAUUUUGAUGUGACCUUUUCCUGGGAAGGCUUGUAGGACAAGAGGUUUUUUGGGGAGUGUGAGGGAUGGCGAAUGAGUAGUUUUGUCAAGUCAGUAGUUGAUGUUGGUCUAAAGCUCAGAGCUUUAGAAUCAUCAGCAUAUACUUGCCAUUUGAAGCCACAGACUGGCUUAGAUCAUCUAGAAGGAGUGUGUAGAUGGAGAAGAGAAGGGAUGUGGGGGAGAAGGAGCCAGUGAAGUGAAAGAAAAUCCAGGGACUUGGUGAUCUCAGGGAAGCUGAGGGCAGAUUGCUUCAGGGAAAGAGUGUCCAGCCAUGGCAGAUGCUGCUGAGGGGUGAAGCAAGAGGGGGACAAAGAACUGGCCAUUGGCUCCAGGAAGACAUAGAGCAUUUUGGUGAUCUUGACCAAAGCUGUGGUAAUGUCAUGGCAGGAGUCAGAGUGGUUGAGGAGAGGUAAGGGAUCAGAGAUAACAGAGAUAAGGCAGAGGGGGGCAUUUCAUGAUACUAAGGUAUAUAUGUUUGCCAGUGAGAAUGAGCCCAUAUUUGGGGGAGAACUUGAUAAGGCAGGAGUGAAAGGGGAUAAUUGUUAGAGGAACUCUUUGCACACUCAUGGGGCCGGGGCCGGGGUUAGCUGGAGAGCUUAGCCUUAAGAGGAACAUGAAGCCAGGGGUGGUGGUUCCUGCAGUCCCAGCUACUUGGGAGGCUGAGGAGGGAGGGUCACUUGAAUGCAGGAGUUCGAGGCCAGCCUGGGCAUAUAGUGAGACCCUGUUUCUAAAUAAAUAAAUAGAAAUAAGGGGAACAAAAGGAAGAGGAGUGAGGAAGUGUCCUUCAUUGUUCUGGAGGAAGGCAAAGGAUGUGGAUACAGAUGGGUGGUAGAAUCAGUGGUAGGAAGGGGAAGGGUUCUCUGUUUCUUUAGUUUUCUCUCUGAAGUGUGCAGGAAGGUUAUCCAUUGAGAGUAAGGUCACCAGUGGAGGGCUAGUGGGAGAUUGAGGAGAGCGAGGAGCAGAAUGAUACUCAAGUGCAGGGAAAGGGAAUUUGUUAGCACAGUGUAGAAGGAUUGUGUUGCCGGCUCGAAUGCCUAUUUGCUGUUUUGGUCAUAAGUUUGAAGUGAGUUGAGUUAGAGCAGUUGCUUGACUUUUCUCUGGCCAUGUUCCACUCUUAGGUGAGGUUCAGAGUAAGCAGAUAUUUGAGUUUACCAGAGCUAGGGUUUUGCUAGGUGAAUGAGAUGGGAAGAAAAAGGCAAGAGAGCUAAGGGGUGAUAGAGAGUGAAGAAAAGUAAGUGACGGCAGUAGGGUGAGGUUGGGGAAUUGCAGGGGCGGGAGUCCCCCAGUCAGUGAUGCGAGGGUUAGGAUGGGAGCCUGUGGCCAGAGAAUGGAGCCUUGGAGUGGGGUUGCUGGGGCAGUGCAGGCCGCGGCUGUGUGACAGGACCGUGGGGUGCUGCUGCAGUCUGAAACAAACGCAUUGUGUACUGAAGAGCAAUAAAGUGAGAGUGCCUCAUAUAGGAACCCGAGAAAAUACAGAAAAAACAAGCAGCAGCAGAAGGCACCUGUGAUCUUCUAAGUCUGUAUGUUUUGUAUUGUUUGCUAUUUUGUAGCUGGUUUAUUCCAUUUAAGGAUUGUUCCGUAUCCAUCCAUUGAUCCAGUAUUUCAUGAUGGUGAAUGCCUUACCUAAGUGCCGGGUAUUGUUUUAGGUGCUGGGUUCACAGCAGUGGACCAAAGUCUCUGCCCUCCAGGAUCUUACUUCCUCUGAGGAAGGCAGACAGUACAGAAGCAAGUAUGUGCCAGAGGGAAAUGCAGAGCAGAAGGCUGAGGAGGAGAGGAGAGCGUUUGCGAUGGGAGCAAGUUGCAGUCAUGUGAGAUGGCUGCCUUACUGGCAGUGUCGUGUGAGCAGGUGGCGAUCUGGGGAAGAUUAUUUCAGGCUGAGAGAAGAACAUGUAUCAGAACUUAAGAGCUGCCUCAUUCUUUCUGAUGUAUUCCAUGGACUAUUACACCAUAAUUUGCUUAACCAGUCCCCUACUGAUGGCCAUUUAGGUUAUUCCAAUCUUUUAUUAGUAUGAACAGUGUUUCAGUGAUGCAUAUUUUAAUAGUUGCAUUGCAUUCCAUUUUAUAGUCAUUUUAUUUAUUAAAAUACUUAAUUUAUCCCUCGUGUAUUAGGUGAUUUUCCGGAUUUUCACCAUUAUGAAUAACUGACCUACUUUUUGCCCAUCUUUGACUGUUUGCUUGGGAUAAAUUCCUAGUAGAGGCAUUGUUAGCUCUAAGAAUAUUGCACAUUUUGAAAGGCUUUUUCAUUCCUGCUUUUUGCUAAGUUAACUGCAUUCUAGAAAGGUUGCCCAGUUUUCGUAUCUACCAUCAGUAUAUAAGUGCUAGGAUUCUUAACACCCUUGCCAACAGUGAGUUUUACUGUUUCUUAAAAUUUUGCCAGUUUGAUAGCCAGAAAUUGUUUCUUUCAUCGUUUUUAUUUACAUUUCUAUGACUAGUGAAGUCAGGCACUUUUGGUGUAUUUUAACUGGCUAAUUGUAUUUUUGUCAAUUGACUGUUCUUGACCUUUGAGCAUUCUUCUGGAGGUGUAGGGUAGGGUACUUUUGUUUCUUAUUGAUUUGUAAUUAUUGUAUAUAAGGAUAUUAACCUUUGUCAUUGCAGUUUUUUUUCCAGUUUGACAUUAGCCUUUUAUUUUUGCAUAUGCUUUGGAUUUUUUUGAG